GCGCGGAGCCUGGUAGCCUGGUCUGGUGGACUAGGAAAGAGGGACCAGACCUUUACCGCGCUAGUGCAUCUCUGCUAACCAAAGCGUGAGGAUCUCGUUGGCUGCCGUCUAUCUGUCUGUCUGUCUCUCUCUCUUCUUGCCCGUCGCCCACUUUGUGCCGUGUUCGUGUGGAUUCAAAUAUUUCGUUAUUUAUAUAUAUAAACCAUGGAGGCCAAGAGACAUUUGCCUAGGCCUGUGAACCUAGAGGAGGCGGACGAUGGUGUGGUGGAGUUCUCACCGCUGAACCAAGAAGAGGAAGGUACUGUGACUAUCGAGGUACCCGUGGCUGAAGAGAGAGCAGCCUGGGGCUCCAAGAUGCAGUUUAUGCUCUCCUGUAUAUCACUCUCCGUGGGCCUCGGCAAUGUCUGGCGUUUUCCCUACCUGGUCCAGCAGGAUGGUGGAGGUAAGGAUGGCUACUCCAGGGAGCAGUUAAGUCAACUCAACAAUGAUUUGACGGUGGUGGGAGAGAGGUAAGUACUGUCUUGUGCUUAAAGAGGUCAAAUCAUAACUCCAGGUGCCGGUCGACAUUG